CGCGGGCGGCCAAUCCACUUGCGGUUAUUAACGGCCUCGCUGUAACCGCCACCUCGACCACCAUGGCCAACGCUUCCGCGAAACGGACAGCCCAGCAGAAUGCGGAGACGAUCAAGAACAUGAAUCUUGGAAUGCUCCUCACCGGCGCACUCUCACUGCUGCUUCGUGUUUUCCUCCGGAAGGGGACGCUCUCGCCAACAAGGCUAUCGUUUUGGCUGCUUGUCCUUUCCUACGUUCCGUCGAUCUUCCUCUCGCGGUACCUUGAGCGUAUUGGGUCCCCGAAGCGUGACCCCACAACUGGAACUCUGAUUUCAUCGGGAGAAGACCUCGGACGACCUGGUGUUAUCGAGUAUGCCUUCGAUGUCAUCUACAUCACCUGGGCAUGCCAAGUUGGCAGUGGCAUAUUCGGUGACUGGUUCUGGUUUUUCUAUCUCGUCAUCCCGCUCUAUGCAGGUUAUAAGCUCUGGACCGUUGCUAUUUCACCGCUGCUACUGGGAAGAUCUUCUGGUGCCGGCGUUCAGGAGGACGCUGCACCGAAAGAGGCGUCGAGUAAGCGUCAAGAGAAGCUACGCAAACGGGCCGAGCGUGGUGACCCGCGCGUGCGCAUGCAAAAUACAAGGUCCUAAGGGCACAUCGUUCAUAUCUAGCCCUCUAUGUAUGUAUGUUAUAGCUGAUGGUGCAGAGAACAUCGUAUUGCUUAUCGCCUCACUGGCAGUAGCAACUUGUUGGAUCA